GUGCGCGCGUAGGGCGUGGCCGGGAGGGCGUGGCCCGGGAGGGCGUGGCCGGGGCGCAUGGCGGCGGCGGCGGCGCCGCGCGCGGUGCUGCUGGUGAGCGGGAAGAGGAAGUCGGGGAAAGACUUCGUGGCCGAGGAGCUGCGGAACCGGCUGGGCCCCGAUGUCUGCGCCGUCCUGCGCCUCUCCGGGCCCCUCAAGGAGCAGUACGCCAAGGAACACGGCCUGGACUUCCAGCGGCUCCUGGAUGCCAGCGCCUACAAGGAGACGUACCGGCAGGACAUGAUCCGCUGGGGCGAGGAGAAGCGCCGCGCCGACCCCGGCUUCUUCUGCAGGACGGCGGUGGAGGGGGCGGCGCAGCCCGUGUGGGUGGUGAGCGACGCGCGGCGCCUCUCGGACGUGGAGUGGUUCCGGGACGUCCACGGGGACGCGGUGCAGACCGUGCGGGUGGUGGCCAGCGAAGAGACGAGGAAGAGGAGGAACUGGGUCUUCACCGCCGGGGUGGAUGACGCCGAGUCAGAGUGUGGCCUGGACCAGGGGGUGGCCUUCGACUGGGUGAUCACCAACGACGGGGACGAGCGGUGCCUGGACGAGCAGCUGGAGCCGCUGCUGCGGUCGCUCCGUGGCCGGCUGUAGCUCGGUGACCCUCUGCCGGGGCUUGGGGACCGCGGCCCCCACCCGGCCCCACGGCGUCCCCCUGUUCUGCCUCCCGCCGGCCCUCCCCGCCCUGCAAAUAAAGCUCCGCCACCACGGGGAGCCACCGCCA